UCCGCAGCAACAGGGAAAAGAUGGCUGCUCUCGCGACCCUCACUCAGCUGUCAAGCGGGAACCCUGUAUAUGAGAACUUUUACAGACAGGUGGACCCGGGAAACACCGGGAGGGUUGGACCUACAGAGGCUGCCUUGUUUUUGAAGAAAUCAGGCCUGCCUGACAUCACAUUAGGAAAGAUCUGGGAUUUAGCUGAUCCGGAUGGCAAAGGUUUUUUGGAUAAACAGGGAUUUUACGUUGCUCUGCGACUUGUGGCCUGUGUGCAGAGUGGACAAGACAUCAGCCUUUCCUGUCUAAACCUCCCUGUUCCCCCUCCAAAAUUCAAGGACCACAGUAGCCCGUCACUGAGUUCUGUAACAUCAACCAAUGAGAGCCUCUGGGCGGUGCGGCCUGAAGAGAAGAGCAAAUUUGAUGGUAUUUUUGAAAGUCUUGCCCCAGUGAACGGAUUACUGUCUGGUGAGAAGGUCAAACCAGUACUAAUAAACUCCAAACUUCCUGUGGAUGUGCUCGGAAAGGUGUGGGAUUUGAGUGACAUAGACAAAGACGGACACUUGGACAAAGAUGAGUUUGCAGUGGCUAUGCAUCUGGUGUACCGCGCCCUGGAAAAGGAGCCUGUGCCCUCAGUCCUGCCCUCCUCUCUCAUCCCUCCAUCCAAAAGGAAGAAGUCAUCAGGGUCCUUUUCCAGCAUGGUGCCAGUGUUACCAGGCAGCCCGCCGCCACCUAAAGACAGCCUGCGCUCGACCCCCUCUCACGGCAGCAUGAAUUCCCUGAACAGCGCCGGGAGUUUGUCCCCAAAACACACCAUUAAAUCCUCACAGCAUUCAGUAAACUGGGUGGUACCAGUCGCAGACAGAGGGCGCUAUGACGACAUCUUCCUCAAAGCAGACACUGAUCUUGACGGCUUUGUUAGCGGCCAAGAAGUUAAAGAAAUCUUCAUGCAGUCCGGCCUUCCUCAGAACCUCCUGGCACAUAUUUGGGCUUUGGCGGACACCAGGCAAAUGGGCAAACUCACACGUGAGCAGUUCUCCUUAGCCAUGCAUCUCAUUCAGCAGAAAGUGAGCAAAGGCGUGGACCCUCCGCAAGCUCUGACUCCAGACAUGAUCCCACCUUCUGAACGCGGCACACCAGGACCUAGUUUGUCGGGUUAUAUGACACCAGUAGGCUCUGACAUGGCCGCGCUGACUGAGAUGCGCCGGGCAAUAAUGUUGAAGUUAUGGGACAGCUCCAGCUCUGUGGGUUCAGGCGAGUUCACCGGGAUUAAAGAACUGGACGAUAUAAGUCAAGAGAUCACUCACCUGCAGAGCACUCUUGCUUUCACACACUGGGAUACACUCAGAGAGAAAUACACUUUGGAACAAGACAUCAGAGAAGCGGAGGAGGCGAUCAGACACAAGACCACAGAGGUUCAGGAGAUGCAGAACGAUCUGGACCGAGAGACCUCUACCCUCCAGGAGCUUGAGGCGCAGAAGCAGGAUGCUCAGGACCGGCUGGAGGAAAUGGACCAGCAGAAGGCAAAGCUGGAAGACAUGCUUAAUGACGUACGGCAGAAGUGCCAGGAAGAGUCGCAAAUGAUCUCAUCCCUACAGUCCCAGAUCCACUCGCAGGAGUUGGACCUGCAGAGCCAAGAGGAAGAGCUGGGCCGGGCCAAGGCUGACCUGAACCGUCUGCAGCAGGAGGAAGCUCAGCUAGAGCAGAGUCUACAAGCUGGCAGGAUUCAGCUAGAAACCAUCAUAAAGUCCCUCAGAGCCACACAGGACGAGAUCAACCAGGCUCGGAGUAAACUCUCCCAGAUCCAGGACAGCCAACACGAGAUCAGCAAGAGCAUCGAGCAGUACAGCAGCACCCUGAACGGAACCCACGGCGGCAGCAUGACCAACCUGGCCGACAUGAGCGAAGGCUUUCCAGAGAAGGAGAAUGGCGGUUUCGGAGCUAUGGAAGACCCUUUCAAGGUGAAAACCACUGUGUUCAACAGCGCCCCACAGGAGAUGCACACGGACCCCUUCCAGUCUGAAGACCCAUUUAAAACAGACCCAUUCAAAGGCGAUCCAUUCCAGAAUGACCCAUUCUCAAAGCAGACCUCCACAGUUGCAGAUCCUUUCGGCGGAGACCCUUUCAAAGAGGCCGACCCAUUUAGGAACUCUUCUGAAGAUUUCUUCAAAAAACCCUCGAAGCCAGACCCCUUCAGCAGCGCUGAUCCUUUUAGCAAAAGUGCCACACUUCCCUCAAAGAGUCAGCAUUUCUCAAGUAAUGACCCCUUCAGCUCUACCAGCCCCAAACCAAAAGGCCAAGAUUUCUUCGGUACUUUGGACCCAUUCGGAAGCAGUUCGUUCGGCAGCAGCAGCGGAUUUGCAGACUUCAGCCAAAUGUCAAAGGGCUUUGUAGACGACCCCUUCAGCCGAAAACAAGACAUGCCAGCUCUCCCACCCAAGAAAAGCAUACCACCGCGACCCAAACCACCCAGUGGUAAAAGCACUCCAGUAAACGUGCCUGGAUCCGCCGAUUCGGCCAAGACGAGCGAUCCUUUCCAGCCCUUCAGUGCCGACCCUGCUGAUCCGUUUCAGAGUAAAAAGGGGGUGGGAGAUCCGUUUAGUGGCAAAGACCCGUUUGCUCCAUCUGCCUCAAGUAAAGCCUCUAAAGACUCUUCAUUGGGUUUUGCAGACUUCAGCUCUGAACUGAGCGUAUUAAGUUUGGGAAUGAAGCCCAGCAGAUGGAGUGGGCGAAGCGGGAAAGCGAGAGAGCAGAACGGGAACGGCUGAAGAGACUCCGCCAGCAGGAGCAGGAAGACCUGGAACUGGCCAUCGCUCUCAGCAAGGCCGAGAUGUCCAAUGCCUGACCGCCUGACCCUCACAUCCACCCUUGUGUACACUACAGCAACGAUUGUGUGCGUGCGUGAUGGACCAAGAUAAAACACAUGCAAGACCGUUAAACCUCUGUCCUUUUGUGUUCGUGUGGAGGAGUGCGGCCUAUGGUUUGUGAUUCAGCUAAUUCACUCGACAUGCAC